AAGAAGAAGAAGAAGACCUCCGUUGCUAUGCGACGAACGCUACAGUACAAACGUUAGGAGCGAAGCAUAAAUAAACAAGUUUAAGCUAACAACAUAUUCAUUCAUUAGUACAGCCAUGGUUGUUCCAGAGACAUUCUAUUGUGCCCAGCAAAUCAACAUCCCUCCCCAGCUGCCAGACAUCCUCAAAAACUUCACCAAGGCAGCCAUCCGAACACAGCCCAAGGAUGUUCUGCUGUGGUCUGCGGCAUACUUCAAUGCGCUGUCUAAAGGAGAAUGUCUACCUGUCAAGGACAGGCUGGAGAUGAAUGUUGCCACCCAGAAGACAGACACUGGGCUGACUCCAGGUCUACUGAAGACCCUCCACAAACAGCUGGCCCCCAAGAAAAUUUGCAGCAAGGAGGAACUUGCGGAGAAAUGGAAGGGUCUGUGUCUACCCAUGGAUCAGCUGAAGACCCUGCUGUCGCUAGGCAGCUUUGGCUCAGAUAUCGACUGGAUGGAGUUUUUUGCCCUGGGCUGCAGUGCUCUAGCAGGGAACCUGAUGGGUACUCUGAAAUUUGCCUGUGAGAUUCUGACAGAGGACGAGGAAGGCAGUGCUGCAAGGAUCCCAUUCGUUACCUUUACGAAACUGUACACUUACCUGGCUCAGGUAGAGGGGGACAUGUCACAGGACCACAUUGACAACUUCCUCCGCAGUCUGCAGCCACAAGUCAACAAGCAGAACGGCAUGAUUCAGGUUUCCAACUUCUACAUCAGCAGGAAGUAAUGGAAGGAGAGACAGAAAGCAAUGAAAGGAGGAAGGAAGGAAGACAUAGAAGUAACAAAAUGAUGGUGUUCAAUUAAUAAAUGGGCCCAGUAAUGCUCCUUCAAGCACAGCUGUUGUUUCAUUACUAUAAAAUUGGUCCCAGUAAUUGUUAGCAUCAGGCACAGUGGCCUAUUAUUUGUCAUUGUCCAGCUGAACGGAGCUGCUAUUUCGAGUCCGGUUGGAAUCUUUUAAUGAGCAGCAAGUGAAGCACAAAGCUGCCUUAUACAAACUGUCAGGUAGGGUGUAUGAAUGCUUUUUAUUUCCCAUUCUCUUAUGUCUGGGUUAGCCAAAGUUCAUUUAUCAUGCACAUAACCUAUCAGCUUGCAGCUUCACCACAUUUGGCCUCUCUGCUGCUGUAUUCAUUUUUCCCAGCAGAUGAGAAAGAGGAGCUGUAAGGAGAUAAGCACUGAGGGCACAAGAGCGUGAUUUUCUGCUUGCCAUAGAGACUUCUGUUUUGUUCAGCCCCCCCGUGCAAUAAUGUAAAUGGGCAAGUGCAAAUGCACACGGAGACAGGUUUAUUACACUAGUCAGAAAGCACAGAAAAUCACAUACAGCGCCACACACACACACACACACACACACACACACACACACACACACACACACACACACACACACACACACACACACACGCACAAAACCGUUGCUGUGUCAUUUUGGGAGUUUUUCAUCAGGCUCGACAGGAAACAGGAUCAGUGGGAAUUCACAUUGCAGGCACAGUUGGCAGUAGGUUUUAAAGGGUGGAGGAUACACACACAUACACACACACACACCUACACACACCUAUGUGUGUGUGUGUGUGUGUGUGUGUGUCUUAUUGCUUUUCUACUUUUUCAGCCAUGCAUUUCAUUUGCCUUUUGGAUUUUUCUGAGCAAUAUGUUGCACAAGAUUUUCAUUUCAAUAUUAAUACAGUUUUAUCUGAUCUUUUCAAUUGCUAAGCAGCCACAUGUUACUGGUUUUCAACUUGCUAAGUCAACUUAGAGUUUCUGAACUUAGUUGUGAGCUCAAAUAAAGAGGCAGCCAGCAGACUGCAGCAUAAAACAGGACACUUGGUACCACAGACUGAUAAAACAUCUGCAGCAUCUUACUGCAGAUGUCUAAUGAGGCAAAAGAGGCUCUGCCCCUAUUUGUAGAUGAGGUCAAUAUUUUUAGACCAGUCCAACUUAUUAUCCAGGUGUCUCUAUCAAGUCUCUAUAUGUGUGUUGUCUUCAUGUAUCUUGACAACUUUGUGUCCAGUCCACUUCAAACUCAACAGGUUUGUCGCUGAGCAUUAGAGGAAGUGCAGCAUCGAGUUUGAGGUCAAUUGAAAUGUUUUUGGGCUCGUUUUGGGGCCCAUAGCUUUGCCUUUUGUUGCCAGUAGGUGGUGCAUUAUUUGGUAGGCAAGAACAUGAAAAUUCCGUUGGUGUAUGAUGUCAUAAUUUGAUGCCAUUACAUGUUUGAUGACAUCAUACAUAUGAUGACAUCACAAUGAUGUCCAACCCUUUCCAAAAGUAUAAAAAGGUUGAACAAAUCGGAGAUUGGUCAUUCUCGGAUUCCCAUCCAGCGAUGUACUUAGGAUUUACUGAGUAUUCAACCACAGGAUUCGCGAGACCGAACGACCAACUGUAGACAAAGACCCUUGUUUGAGACAGAAACUCAACCUGCUGAGUAAUAUUUUUGUGGAAUUUAUUUGAUUGGCAUCACCUUUGCUUUGACGGUACAAUGCCAGGAAAGAAGAAGAAAAACACCUCUCGUGGACAAAACGACAAAGGUUGUGACUCUGACCAGGACAAAAGUAGCAAGCUAGAAGAUCUUCUGGAGAACCCAAUAGGAGAUUUGCUGGAGGCCAACGAACAGCCCGACCAGCUGUUGGACGAGGCCCCAGAACCAGCAAACCAAAACACUCCCAAGAUGGGGGAAGUGAAAAAGCUACAUGAACUGGGGCAGAGGUGCAAAAACCUCCAGGCAGAGAAAGUCCUUCUGACAAAGGGCAUGAAACAACUGGAGGAGAAAGUCAGAGAUCUCCAGCUUGAAAAUCAAGAGCUGGAGCUGAAAAAGGAAUUGGCUGAAGAGGAAUUUUGGGCUCUGCUGGAACAAGAAAGAACUCAGAAAAACUGGAUCUGGAAGCUAAAAAUGAUGAUCUCCAGUUGGUAAGUAACGCUAAGAAACGGCAGAAGAAGAGAUUCUUCUGCUGCUUCAAGAGCGAGAGAGGAGGAGAAAAUGGUAAAAAAAAAGUAAAGAAAGACAAGAGGAAGAAGGUGGGUUGCUGGAGCUGGAUGUUCUAAACUUCCUUUCUCCAACUUCUUACCAAAUGGAAGCUAAAAAUGAUGAUCUCCAGUUGGUAAGUAACGCUAAGAAACAGCAGAAGAAGAGAUUCUUCUGCUGUUUCAAGAGCGAGAGAGGAGGAGAAAAUGGUAAAAAAAAAGUAAAGAAAGAGAAGAGGAAGAAGGUGGGUUGCUGGAGCUGGAUGUUCUAAACUUCCUUUCUCCAACUUCUUACCAAAUGGAAGCUAAAAAUGAUGAUCUCCAGUUGGUAAGUAACGCUAAGAAACAGCAGAAGAAGAGAUUCUUCUGCUGUUUCAAGAGCGAGAGAGGAGGAGAAAAUGGUAAAAAAAAAGUAAAGGAAGAGAAGAGGAAGAAGGUGGGUUGCUGGAGCUGGAUGUUCUAAACUUCCUUUCUCAAACUUCUUACCAAAUGGAAGCUAAAAAUGAUGAUCUCCAGUUGGUAAGUAACGCUAAGAAACAGCAGAAGAAGAGAUUCUUCUGCUGUUUCAAGAGCGAGAGAGGAGGAGAAAAUGGUAAAAAAAAAGUAAAGAAAGAGAAGAGGAAGAAGGUGGGUUGCUGGAGCUGGAUGUUCUAAACUUCCUUUCUCCAACUUCUUACCAAAUGGAAGCUAAAAAUGAUGAUCUCCAGUUGGUAAGUAACGCUAAGAAACAGCAGAAGAAGAGAUUCUUCUGCUGUUUCAAGAGCGAGAGAGGAGGAGAAAAUGGUAAAAAAAAAGUAAAGAAAGAGAAGAGGAAGAAGGUGGGUUGCUGGAGCUGGAUGUUCUAAACUUCCUUUCUCAAACGUCUUACCAAAUGGAAGCUAAAAAUGAUGAUCUCCAGUUGGUAAGUAACGCUAAAAAACAGCAGAAGAGAUUCUUCUGCUGUUUCAAGAGCGAGAGAAGAGGAGAAAAUGGUAAAAAAAAAGUAAAGAAAGAGAAGAGGAAGAAGGUGGGUUGCUGGAGCUGGAUGUUCUAAACUUCCUUUCUCCAACUUCUUACCAAAUGGACACUAAAAAUGAUGAUCUCCAGUUGGUAAGUAACGCUAAGAAACAGCAGAAGAAGAGAUUCUUCUGCUGUUUCAAGAGUGAAAGAGGAGGAGAGAAUGGUAAAAAAAAAAGUAAAGAAAGAGAAGAGGAAGAAGGUGGGGUGCUGGAGCUGGAUGUUCUAAACUUCCUUUCUCCAACUUCUUACCAAAUGGAAGCUAAAAAUAAUGAUCUCCAGUUGGUAAGUAACGCUAAGAAACAGCAGAAGAAGAGAUUCUUCUGCUGUUUCAAGAGCGAGAGAGGAGGAGAAAAUGGUAAAAAAAAAGUAAAGAAAGAGAAGAGGAAGAAGGUGGGUUGCUGGAGCUGGAUGUUCUAAACUUCCUUUCUCCAACUUCUUACCAAAUGGAAGCUAAAAAUGAUGAUCUCCAGUUGGUAAGUAACGCUAAGAAACAGCAGAAGAAGAGAUUCUUCUGCUGUUUCAAGAGCGAGAGAGGAGGAGAAAAUGGUAAAAAAAAGUAAAGAAAGAGAAGAGGAAGAAGGUGGGUUGCUGGAGCUGGAUGUUCUAAACUUCCUUUCUCCAACUUCUUACCAAAUGGAAGCUAAAAAUGAUGAUCUCCAGUUGGUAAGUAACGCUAAGAAACAGCAGAAGAAGAGAUUCUUCUGCUGUUUCAAGAGCGAGAGAGGAGGAGAAAAUGGUAAAAAAAAGUAAAGAAAGAGAAGAGGAAGAAGGUGGGUUGCUGGAGCUGGAUGUUCUAAACUUCCUUUCUCCAACUUCUUACCAAAUGGAAGCUAAAAAUGAUGAUCUCCAGUUGGUAAGUAACGCUAAGAAACAGCAGAAGAAGAGAUUCUUCUGCUGUUUCAAGAGCGAGAGAGGAGGAGAAAAUGGUAAAAAAAAAAGUAAAGAAAGAGAAGAGGAAGAAGGUGGGUUGCUGGAGCUGGAUGUUCUAAACUUCCUUUCUCAAACGUCUUACCAAAUGGAAGCUAAAAAUGAUGAUCUCCAGUUGGUAAGUAACGCUAAGAAACAGCAGAAGAGAUUCUUCUGCUGUUUCAAGAGCGAGAGAAGAGGAGAAAAUGGUAAAAAACAAAGUAAAGAAAGAGAAGAGGAAGAAGGUGGGUUGCUGGAGCUGGAUGUUCUAAACUUCCUUUCUCCAACUUCUUACCAAAUGGAAGCUAAAAAUGAUGAUCUCCAGUUGGUAAGUAACGCUAAGAAACAGCAGAAGAAGAGAUUCUUCUGCUGUUUCAAGAGCGAGAGAGGAGGAGAAAAUUGUAAAAAAAAAGUAAAGAAAGAGAAGAGGAAGAAGGUGGGUUGCUGGAGCUGGAUGUUCUAAACUUCCUUUCUCCAACUUCUUACCAAAUGGAAGCUAAAAAUGAUGAUCUCCAGUUGGUAAGUAACGCUAAGAAACAGCAGAAGAAGAGAUUCUUCUGCUGUUUCAAGAGUGAGAGAGGAGGAGAAAAUGGUAAAAAAGUAAAGAAAGAGAAGAGGAAGAAGGUGGGUUGCUG